AUGCCUCCAAAACGCAUGACUGCAAAUCCCGUCCGGCCGGGACGCCAUUUUGCCGGCAAAGCAGCGGGGGGAUCCUCGUCCUCCGACUCCGACGACAGCGGCGCCGAGCAAGAAGUCAAGCCUGAACCCCCAAAGAAGCGCACCAUCGCGCCGCCGCCAAAAGUGCCCAGCGCGGGGCGCAUCAUCAGCACAAGUAGCGGCGCCACCAAGGCGAGCGAGGACGCAAAGAAGUUAGCAGCAGCGAAACAGCGCGCCGAGAUCGAGCGCAAAGCCAAGGAAGAAGGCUUCGUCACCGAGGACGAGGAGGGAGACAGCGAAGAGGACGAAGGAGAAGAAGAGAGCGGCAGCGAGGGUGAAUCCUCGUCAGAGGCGGAGAGCAGCUCGGAGGAGGAGGCCCCGAGGCGGCUGAUGGUGCGACCCAAAUUCAUCUCAAAAGCCAACCGUGCAAAACAGGAAGAGGACCCAGCGAAGAAGGCAGAAGAGGAGGAGGCCAAGCGGCGCGCCGAAGCGGACGCGAUCGUCGAGGAGCAGAUCCAAAAGGACCUCGCCGCGCGAGCGGCGGGCAAGAAGCACUGGGACGACGACGAGGGGUCUGGCGACGAGGUGGACGACACGGACGACCUGGACCCCGCGGCCGAGCACGCGGCGUGGAAGCUGCGGGAGCUGAAGCGUCUGAAGCGGGCGCGCGAGGCCAUCGAGGCCAAGGAGGCCGAGAUCGCGGAGAAGGAGCGGCGCCAGAACCUGACCGAGGCGGAGCGCGCCGCCGAGGACGAGGCGCUCGUCGCGAAGCAGCGCGAGGAGAAGGAGUCCCGCGGCAAGAUGGGCUACAUGCAGAAGUACUUCCACAAGGGCGCCUUCUACCAGGACGAGGCCGCCGCCCAGGGGCUCGACAAGCGCGACAUCAUGGGCGCGCGCUUCGCCGACGACGUGCGCAACCGCGAGCUGCUGCCGCAGGCGCUGCAGAUGCGCGACAUGACCAAGCUGGGCAAGAGGGGCGCCACAAAGUACAAGGACCUGAAGAGCGAGGACACGGGCGCGUGGGGCCGGUACGAUGACCCCAGGAGGAAGAGGAGCGAGUGGGACCAGUAUCGGGACGGCGAGAGAGAGGGCGACAGAGGCGGUGACUAUGGCGGCAAGGGCGCAAAUGCCAUGCCAUUGGGUCGGAGGCGAUCCAGGUCGCGCUCGCCUAGGCGGGACCGUGACGAACACAGGGAUAGAAAGAGAGAAUACUCGAGGGAGAGGGACCGCUACGAUGACGACAAGCGGAGGAGAGUAGAUUCCAGGUAG